AUGAUGUCACAACAACACUCCUUAUUAUCUUCUAUCAAAUAUCAAUAUCAACUACGUGUCAGUAAUGAAUUACAAAUCUACAUUUUAAAAUCACUCAGAGAUUUAUUAUUUCUUGCAUUAGAAUUCUUUAUCGAAAAUACUAUGGUUCAAGUAAUCUCAACGAUGCAUCAUGUUCAUAUUCCAUUACGUGAUCUUGGCUACGAAUUUCUAAAAAAUAUUAAUUCUGAAAAAUUUGCAUAUAUAGGAUAUCAAUUACCAGUUGAAUAUUUAGCUAUUAUAUGGAUUUUAUUCUGUUUUAUUAAUGGUAGUCAAGGUUUAAUUAUAAUUCAAAAAGGUGCAAGAUGUUUAACUAUAGCUCGUUUAUUACGUAUAUGUGUUUUUUCAUUAACAAUUCUUCCUUCGCCUAAACCUUGGUGUCGUUUUACUGGUCCUGUUAAUCCAUUUCGAGCACGUGUUGGCGGUGCUUGUAAUGAUUUACUUUAUAGUGGACAUGUAAUUAUUUAUACUCUUACAGCUCUAGCAUUUACAAUUUUAUCUCGUCAAUAUUCGAAAAAAUUACGUUAUAGUUUAUCAAUAUUGAUCUGGUUGUAUAUACUUCAACGAAUUAUAUGUACUAUAUUAGAACGUCAUCAUUAUUCAAUUGAUAUGUUUUUAGGUUUUAUUGUAACUUUAUUGAUAUGGCAAUGUAAAUCAUUACAUAUUGAUUUACCUACAGUGCCACAAAAUUUAUUUUUACAUUUAAAACAGUUGUUUUUUCCUAAAUGUCGCUUCACUCUUAAAGAAGUUUAA